GUAUUCUCUGAGCACUGGAAGAAAAGCUUCCAGAACCCUCAGAAGUUCUGCUUUCCAAAAUUCUAGGAGCCCAGUAUAUCCAGAUGAUCUCAGGUUAGGGAAAUUUGAGGUAGGUCCAUGGCUGGAUAAGGCUUCAGUUUCCAAAUGAUAUAUUCUGGGCCUGCAGCUUCUUCAGAUCAAGGGUGGAUCUUGACUUGCCUUUCCAAAAUAGCUAGCUUCCAACCUCCAACUCUGCCUUCUAUACCCCUAUAUGUCAGGGACCAGUGAGAUACAGUGCAAACUGGAUGGACCACAUCUCAAGGGUGUGGGCCUGAAGGUGUUUUAUCUGAUUAGGACUGCAGAGAGCUUGGGACUUUUUGCACUGAGCUUGUUUCCUUGUUGGGUGAUUGUGGCUAGCAAAAAGGAACUUGCAGCCUUCAUUGAUUGGUAGAUGUGAACGUGUGACAGGAAGGCAAAUGUUCGUCAUGCCAUGUAGCUCAACAGGGCCCAUCUAAUUUUCUAGUUCCCUUUCUAGAGACACUCUCUGCAGGCUAUGCAAGACGGUAGUCGGGCUUCACAACUUGCUGAAUAGGCACUUGGAAUAGCUGCUGUUCCUAUUUGGGGGGGUUGUAGAGGCCUACAGGGUGCCGUGGUCACCUUUCCACCUCUAGUGAAUUGCCAUGUCGGUGAGCGUGAAUCUCACUGGCCCAGCUCCCUGGGGGUUCCGGAUUACAGGAGGAAGGGACUUCAGAAAACCCAUCAUCGUAUCUAAGGUGAUAGAGCAUGGCAAAGCAGCCCUAGGUGAUCUUCGACCUGGAGAUGUCAUAAUUUCUAUCAAUGGGGAGAGUACUUCUGAGAUGCUUAAUGUGGAGGCACAGAACAAGAUAAAGCAGAGCUCUGGGCAGCUGCAACUCCAGGUGGACAGGUUGCAGCAGUGUUCUCCCAGCCAGACCAAUGGUGAAAGUUCCCCAGAGAUGUUGGCCAUACGAUUUCAGGAUGUGGUGAGAACUAGAGACAACGGACAGAACUCAGUAAGAUCUUCCUACUCAAGCCCAGCUUCCAUCAGUCCACGGCCCAGCAGCCCAUAUUGUCCUUCAUCUCCUGGGUAUCGGCCUGGCAGCCCAUAUAGCCCAGUGAGAUCCAGCCUGUCCACCGAGGUCAGAGGGGAGCCUGUGAUGAAUAGCCGCAGCUUCCAGUCAAUGGGGACUUCACUGGGGAUCUCUGAACACUCUCCACCACUUCAGAGGCAGCAAGAUUCAAGUAGCAGACAGAUACAAGAACAAAGGAACUUCACCCAUUCCAGUGAAUCAGUUUUGCCUCCAUUAAAUGGGUCUCCAUCUCCUGGAGGAUACUCGUUCUCCAACCCUUGGGAGAUCAGGAAGGACCAUGAAAGAAGUCCAUCUUCCUAUAACCGCAGUUACAGCUUGGAUACCGAGCCAACUAUGCAUCGUUUGGAAGGAGACUCUGAGGUCUACAAGAUGAUGCAGGAGAACCGUGAAACAAGAGCUCCACCACGGCAGUCCAGCACUUUUCGCUUGCUCCAAGUGGCUCUGGAAUUGGAUGAAAAAGAGGGUGCUGCAACCCACUUCCCCAGCCAGCUCUCUCCCAGUUCGCACAAGCCGGUCAGCAGUUCAGUGGCAGGGAACACCCAGAAGCUGCAUAUGUGUGAGAAAUGCAACAGCAGCAUCACAAACCAGGCAGUGAAAAUCCAAGAGAACCGCUACCGUCACCCGGCUUGCUACAUUUGCACCGACUGUGGGCUCAACCUGAAGAUGCGUGGCCAUUUCUGGGUUGGUGAAGAGAUGUACUGCGAGAAACACGCGCGCCAGCGUUACCAAAGCCCAGGAGAGGGCGGCACCGUCCUGGCCGUCUACUCCCAGUCUUAAGUGAUACGGGAGCUCACGAGGCUGAGCAGGAAUACAAUCUGUGACGCUCCCUUGGAGGAUUCUGCCAAGUAUCUAGCAAAGCUGCUUCUCACUCCACCGCAGUUCAGCCCAUGAAGACAUCUGCAGGAAACGACGCUUCCAGUGCAAGACAGCAACUCAACCGCCAACCAUCACCACUCAGAACACCAUGCAGUGUUUUCCAGGGACCUUUGGGGGUGGGGGGUGUUGAGGGAGGGGGAGGGUAUUCCUCAAGGCAAAUGGCUUAUCUUCUUUUUUAACUAGCUUGGGCAGGUUUGGGGCCUCUUUCUUCAAGGAACCAAUGUUUGCCUAGCACAGGCGUGGACAGUUGGCUCUUGGCAGCUUCAGAAAUGAUGGCUUGGCUUGAGGCAGUUGGGCUUCCCACCGUGCCAAGCGUGCCUUGGUUCCUGGACACACUCUGGAAUGUAAUUGUCAGGCCCAUAUUAAUCCUGAUCUGUGGCCAGCAGCUCUCAAGUGGCUCUUAAGAACUCCGCUGUGUGGCUGAAGCACCCUUGUCUUACCCCUGCUGCCCACCUCCCCAUGCCCACAGGGCAAAUCUAAGACUGAAGGGAAGUUAUAGAGUCUCUCUGAAGCGCUAGGCCCUGGACGGCAUGGAUUCAGCUCUGAAUGCUGACUCUCUCUGUGAAGCUUCCCUUACGAUAUUAAGGCAGAUCUCUAUGUGAAAUAUAAUAUAUAUAUAUAUAUAAGGAUGGAUAAAACACUCACCCCAUGCCUGCAUUUGCUCUUUAAGUUCUACGCCAUUUCUUUUCCCUCGGAGGUCAGGAAGGAGUUUUUGGAAUUUCUAGCACAGCUAAAUGCCCAUCAAUUAAAGAAGAAAAAAAACCCCUAUCUAAUAAUCUUAUGAGGUAGAUUUGGCUGUGAGAUAUAACUACUUCAGGGUCACCUGAACGCUCUUUGAUUAACAUGGACAUAGCCAGACUUUUAUUGAGAGAGAGACACAUAUAGUUCCUGUAUCACCUGAAACAGGGAUGAGCGGUCUUGUUAGAAUAGGGCAGUGUUUCUCAA